GAUAUGGUUGAAGUGUUGGAUGUAUUUAUCUAUAUUCAUUUUCAAGUUUUAUUCAACUUACUUUUUCACUGAGAUUGCCAAGAUAUCCUAAGUAAAGUCUGGUGCCUUCCAAAACUGUUACAGCCAAAAAAGCUGCCACAGAUACAAACUUGUAUACUUGUGAUAAAUCGUAGUACUGCAACAAUUUUUAGAUAAAAAGCUUACAAUUGUAAAAGGAUGGAUUUAUAACUGUUUGAUAGCAUUUAUCAUCAUAGCCAGACCGAUUUUAUCAGAUAAAUGUUUGGUCGUGAUAACGCACUUCAAAAAAAUUAUUCCAACGUCGGAACUAUGUCUUCGCUUCAGGUCGAUAAAAUCCUCAAUAUUUAUAAGCAAUUAGCUGAUAGAGCAAGUUUAAAAUCAAGUACAAUAGGAACUAAUAAAAAAGGAAUUUCUAUACAAAGUAUUUGGUCUCAAAGAAAUUUAGAAACAAGAAAAAAACAAAAAUUCUUCAAAGAAUUUUUCCACGAUUCAGAUUUGAAUCUAUUAUCAGAAAGUUAUCCAGUAGACGUUACGUCAGAGAUUUCUACGACUUUAUCUAACGAUGCUAAUUUGAAAGCAAUUUUAAGAGAGAUAGUAGAUGGUGUGAAAACAAAACAGUUUAUAGAAAUAUGGGAUAAACAACAUCUUAUUAAAUCUUACGAUUUAUCUGCUUUUGAUGUUCAUGGAGAUGUUUACUCUGAUUCUACUUUUAGUACAUUUCAAUGGUCAUGUGAUAACACUAGGUUGUUGUACAUUGCUGAAAAAAAAUUACCAAAAUCGGAACCAUUCUACAAACGAAAAUCAAAAGCUGAUAGUCAUGAGUCAGAUAAACAUGAAACAUCUUUGAAAGGCACAGAAUAUAUUUUCAAGCCUGACUGGGGCGAACAAUUGGUUGGAAAACACAAAUCUGUCGUUGUUAUUUUGAAUAUUGAAAAUGAUUCCAUAGAACCCAUUUCCUUUAUUCCUGAAAAUUAUUUUCCUUCGCAAGCAAUCUGGGUUCCAAAUACUUACGAAAUUGUAGGAGUCUUUUACAAACUUGAUCGGAGAUAUCUUGGAAAAAUAUUUUGUACAAAUAGAGAAUCGUACAUUUUUCAUUUAGAAGGAAAAAAUUUCCGAACAAUAACACUGAAAGGUCUUUAUUGUUCUUCACCACGAUUCAGUCCAAAUGGAAAAAGUCUUGUUUGGCUUGAACGAGACCUUACCCCUCCUCAUCACCACGUACAAAGACUUAUGCACUUGCAAUGGGGGAUCGAAAUUGUGCCUUCUGUGCUUGUGGAUACGGUGAAAACCCAUGUGAAUAUUUCUGGGGACAAAAAAUUUUAUGGUCUGUAUAAUCAAAAUUUACCGGUGCGUUGUUGGAGUGAAGAUUCUAGAUAUAUUUUUUUAAGCACGCCUCAAAGAUUUAACGUAACUUCUUACGUGAUUGAUAAAGAUACAAAAACUAUAACCGAAGUAGUCAACGAAGAUGAUAGUAGUUUGUACAUUUUUGAUGUCAAACAUGAUUUUGUAGCUUUUAAUAAAACUUCGAUCAUACAAGUAUCACAACUUCUUAUUGGUAAAUUUGAUUCAAGUGCACCUUAUUCUGGAAACUUGCAUUUAACUAGCUCUACGGAACCUCAAUAUCUUCCUGAAAGCAAUACUCUUAAGUAUGAGUGCACAGAAUACGUAUAUGACAAAGAUGAAUCUGUCAAAGAUUUCAACUUCAUCUAUUUCGGUAAAAAAAGUGGAACUGUCAAAUCGACGCCUUUAAUAGCAGUUAUUCACGGCGGACCUCACGCGGUUUACAAUAAUGAAUUUAAUUUGACAUAUGCAGUAUUUGUAUUUCUUGGCUUUGCUGUAUUGGAAAUAAAUUAUCGCGGUUCUACAGGAUUAGGUGGCGAUAAUGUCGAAUACAUUAUUGGCAGAGUUGGUGAAUCUGAUGUUUUAGAUUGUGUUACAGCAAUCAUUACAGCGUUAGGAAAGUAUCCUUGGUUAGAUCCAAAAAAAAUAGCCGUUCAUGGUGGAUCACAUGGUGGUUUCAUUAGCGCUCAUCUCAGUGGUCAAUAUCCCAAUAUGUUUAGAGCAAUUGUUCUAAGAAAUCCAGUAAUUGAAUUAGCGGCAAUGUACAGUUUGACAGAUAUCCCUGAUUGUAGGCGUAGUGCAUUAAAUUUGGACGAAAUGAUCAGAUUUCGCGAACAGUUCAGGUUCAGGUGUUCCGGAGAAACUGGUAGUCGGGAUCUUGGAAAACUGCCAGAAACAAUGUGUAUUUCCAAGUAUCCUGAGUUGAUGCAAGUUUUGUUGAAACAUUCGCCAUUUUUGCACGUUGACAAAGUUAAAACGCCUACUUUGAUUGCAUUGGGUUCGAAAGAUUUGAGAGUUCCAGAACCACAAGGCAAGAUGUGGUACUAUCGGCUAUGCGAAAAUAACGUUGUUUCUAAAUUGUAUAUAUAUGACGACAACCAUUCAUUAUUAAAAGAUGAAGUUGAACUAGACUUCACUAUCAAUGCUGCAUUAUGGUUUAUAGAACAUACAACGAAUUAAUACUCCUCAUUUUUCCAAGAAAAAUUUAUGAUACCCUAAUAUAAUUAUUAAGUCUUUUAAAAUUGAAUUUUAUAAUUAUUUUUGUUCGCUCUAUUAUGUACA